CAGAGCAGAUAACGCGUCAGAUAUCUUAUAAAAACUUUUAGCUGAAUUAGAAAUGACGGAAUAAACUUUGCCGCGAGGACAGCGUGCCCUCCGAGCUCAGAAAGCUCCCAGGGGGGCUCUGAAGGCACCAUCCGUUUCAGCCAGCAGCCGCCGCAGAACUGUCAUGUUUUCCCUCAUAUGUUAGGGGUCGUGUCAUUAUUUAUGUAUUUAUUUAUUUAUUUUUAGCCAUGUCUAAACAGUACGACGUUUUGUUCAGGCUGCUCAUGCUCGGAGACUCGGGGGUCGGGAAGACGUGCAUGCUGCGCAGGUUCACAGAGAGCGAAUUCGACUCUGCACAUAUUUCCACCAUCGGAGUUGAUUUUAAGAUGAAAACGCUAGAGAUAGAUGGAGUCAAGGUGCGGGUACAGAUAUGGGACACAGCAGGUCAGGAGCGCUAUCAGACCAUUACCAAGCAAUACUACAGACGGGCGCAGGGCGUCAUCUUCGUGUACGACAUCACGAGCGAGCCGUCCUUUCAGCACAUCGCCAAGUGGGCCAGUGACGUGGAGGAAUGCACCCCAGACAAGGUGCAGACCAUCCUGGUGGGAAAUAAGUCUGAUGAUGAGGUCGGGAGGCAGGUGACACACGAACAAGGACGCAAGCUAGCAGAAACCUAUGGGAUGGAGUUCUUCGAGACCAGCGCCACCACCAGCAGCAACAUCAGUGAGUCGUUCAUUCGCCUGACAGAACUGGUGCUGCAGGCUCACAAGAGAGACGUGGACAGCUUGUUGGGCUCUCUGGACGAGUACCUGGAGAAGGCUGUCCUGGAGGAACGUAAGGAGAGUCAAGACAAUGGCGGCAAAGCUCAGAGGAACUGUGCUUGUUGAAAAGAAAACAAAAAGGCACUUCAUUCAGCUCCUACGCCGCCUCCCUCACAGAUAAAGUGACUCGUUGGCCAAGAGGGUCCUGGAUUGGUUUCAGCUUUUAUUAGUCAAUAAAAAUGCAGGUAGAUGCAGUUUCCUGUAGUUGCCAGCAGGGGGCCAAUGUCGUGGCAGGGUCACUGAACUCUGCAGCCAGUUAAGGAGGCGUCAAUGCACAUCUGCUUCAUACAGAGUUAACUGUAUUGUUUAUUUUCUUGUCCUUUUUAUUAUUUGGUGGGUGCGCAAUGUAUUUAUUCAAAUUGGCAAAUAUUUUCAGUGGGGUGACAUGAUGAGGCUAGAAGCAACUACAAAGUAGCCAGAGGAGGGAGCUAAAUUAUUUACAGCCAGAAACUGAAACCAAGCAGGGAGGGAUUAAUUUACACAAAGGACGUUUUCCCUCAAGGGAGACAGUGUUGUGCCAUAUUCAGGGAUCUUUGAGAGUGCAUGCUUAACUUAUCCAUCCUGAAUGUGUAGCCCGUGUGUGUGUGUGACUGCCAAUUGAGCGUUGUGCACUGAAACAGUUUUACUGCGAAUGGAUUCAGGUUCUGUUGAGGUGCCACACUUGUGUAAUUAUAAAAUGAUGUUUUGCAGGUUCAUGCAACAAAAAAAAUGUAAAUGUAGAACUUAAUAAAUGUAAAUGUUCUUAUUUAAAACAAA